GAAACCCAUUCACCCAUCUACACGUCACUCCUUACACGAUUUCUACGAACCCAAACACCCCCCAACCCCCCACAAUGCCUCCCAAGGCCCCCAAACGAGCCCUCGCCACCGACAACUCUGCUACAGCAAAGAAGCGCAAGGUUGGAGAGAAAGCUAAGAAUGACCGGCUGGCGAAGUUCUCGCAGGCUGCUCCUCCGAGCAGCUUCGAAGAGGAAUUGAUGAACCUCUCGCAGGAGAUCACCGAUUUGAAGGAUGGCGGUGCCGAGAGGGACCAGAAGUGGAGUAGACCGGCCGUGGACGAUAAGUUUGACCCGCAGACGCAUAGCCUUCUAUUCCAGCAGAUCGAUGUCGAGGAGGGAAAUCACGCGGGAAAACAUGCUAUCCGCUUGUUCGGAGUCACAGAGGAAGGACAUUCGGUUCUGCUACACGUCACGGAUUUCAUGCACUACCUCUUCGUCGCUGCACCCAUGAGUUUCACACAAGACAACGUCGAAGGAUACAGAAGAUGGCUGGACAACAAGCUCUCCAACAGCAUCGACCCGGUGGUCCACAAAGUCGAGAUUGUCAUGCGAGAGAACCUCUACGGCUUCACCGGGAACCAGAAGUCUCCGUACCUCAAGAUUUCGGUUGCCGAUCCGAAGAAUAUCAGUCGAGUGCGUGCGUUGAUCGAAAAAGGCGAAGGGAAUUACAGUAGGAUGUGGCCCAUCACUGAUACCGGUCUGAUGACGUUCGACAAUAUUCAGUAUGUCAUGCGGUUCCUGGUAGACACCAAGAUCGCGGGAAUGAGUUGGGUGGAGGCGCCUGCCGGAACCUACAAUAUGGUGACUGGGAACAACAAGGCGUCGAAUUGCCAGCUCGAGGCUCAGAUCAACUACAAGGAUUUGAUCGCCCACAGUUUCGACGGCGAGUAUGCGAAGAUGGCACCGCUGCGGAUCCUGUCUUUCGAUAUCGAGUGUGCGGGUAGAAAGGGAAUCUUUCCGGAGCCGCAGCAUGACCCCGUGAUUCAGAUCGCCAACAUGGUGACUCGAUACGGAGAGGACAAACCCUUCGUGCGGAAUGUUUUUUGUCUGGACACCUGCUCGCCAAUCAUAAAUACCCAGUUGCUCGAGUUCAAGGAUGAACGGACGAUGUUGAUUGAAUGGAAGAACUUCGUGCAGCGGGUUGACCCCGACGUGAUCAUCGGUUACAACACGUCCAAUUUCGAUAUGCCAUAUCUCUUGGAUCGAGCGAAGCAUCUGAAGGCCGCCGUGUUCCCGUUCUGGACCAGACUGUUGAACAUGAAGACGGAGGCGAAGGACUCCAACUUCUCCAGCAAGCAGAUGGGCAACAGGGAAACAAAGACGACCAACACCAACGGUAGACUACAGAUCGACCUGCUGCAGGUCAUCCAACGUGAUCACCAGCUGCGUUCGUACACGUUGAACUCGGUUUCCGCACACUUCCUGGGCGAACAGAAGGAAGAUGUUCAUCACAGCAUGAUUACCGAGCUCUUCAACGGUACCUCGGAAACCCGGCGUCGUUUGGCCGUCUACUGUCUCAAGGACGCCUACCUUCCACAGCGAUUGCUGGACAAACUGAUGUGCUUGAUCAACCUCACGGAGAUGGCUCGUGUCACUGGUGUCCCAUUCAACUAUCUGUUGGCCCGUGGACAGCAGGUCCGGUUCCUUUCCCAAAUCUUCCGGAAAGCCCUCGAGCAGAAUCUCGUCAUUCCGAACCUGCGACAUCAGGGGUCCGAGGAGCAAUACGAAGGUGCAACUGUCAUCGAUCCGACCAGGGGAUACUACAACGUGCCGAUUGCCACCCUAGAUUUUGCGUCCCUUUACCCGAGUAUCAUGCAGGCCCAUAACCUUUGCUACACAACCCUCCUCAAGAAAGAGACCGCCGUGCGACUCAAAUUGAAGGAAGGUGAGGACUACACAGUCACACCGAACGGUGACUGGUUCGUCAAAGCCACACAGCGUAAGGGUAUGGUACCGCUGAUUCUGGAGGGUUUACUGGGCGCCAGAAAGCGAGCCAAGAAUGAGCUCAAGAAGGAGACGGAUCCGUUCAAGAAGGCUGUGCUGAACGGUCGACAGCUCGCGUUGAAGAUCUCGGCCAACUCGGUCUACGGUAUCACCGGUGCCACUGUCGGAAAGCUGCCGUGUCUCCAGAUCGCAUCCAGUGUUACGAGUUACGGCAGACAAAUGAUUGAAAAGACUCGGGAUGUGGUCGAAUCGCACUACACUAUCGCCAAUGGCUACGAGCACGACGCUCAGGUUAUCUACGGUGAUACCGAUUCGGUCAUGGUAAAGUUUGGACCGAAAGAUCUACCGACGGCGAUGAAAUUGGGACAAGAGGCUGCAGACCUCGUGUCGUCCAAGUUCAUCACACCCAUCAAGUUGGAGUUCGAAAAGGUUUACUUCCCGUACCUUCUGAUCAACAAGAAGCGAUACGCUGGGCUGUACUGGACGAGAACAGACAAGUACGACAAGAUGGACAGUAAGGGUAUCGAGACCGUCCGUCGUGACAACUGCAGGUUGGUGCAGGUUUGCAUCGAAACCGUGCUGAAGAAGCUGUUGAUCGAUCAGGAUCCGGAGGGCGCUCAGAGCUACGUCAAGAGUUUGAUUGCCGACCUCCUCCAGAACCGCAUCGACAUGUCGCAGCUGGUCAUCACCAAAGCCCUAUCGAAGGCGGACUACACGUCCAAGCAAGCCCAUACCGAACUCGUCGAGCGAAUGAAGAAACGAGAUGCUGGAUCCGCUCCCACCCUCGGUGAUCGUGUGGCAUACGUCAUUGUAAAGGGCGCGGGUGGAGCCAAAAACUACGAGAAAUCUGAAGACCCCAUCUAUGUGCUCGAGCACUCGGUCCCGAUCGACACCAAAUACUAUCUGGACAACCAGCUGGCAAAGCCACUUGGACGUAUCUUCGAGCCUAUCAUAGGUGAGCGUAAGGCUCAGCAGCUGCUGACUGGUGACCAUACGCGCACCAUCUCGAUCACCGCGCCAAAAGUUGGCGGCCUCAUGAAGUUUGCAAAGAAGACACAGACGUGCACGGGCUGCAAGGCCCCGCUGACCAAGAAGGGCCAAACGGAUGGUGCAGUCUGCGAGGACUGCCGUCCGCGCUUUGGCGAGCUCUACCAGAAGAGUUUAGCCAAAGUCAAUGAGAUGCAAGUGCGCUUUGGCAGACUGUGGACGCAGUGUCAACGUUGUCAGGGCUCCAUCCACUGCGAGGUCAUCUGCAGUAAUAAGGACUGUCCUAUCUUCUAUAUGCGCAUGAAGGCUAGGAAGGAUUUGCAGGACCGUGAGCAAGAGCUCAAGAGGUUCGAUCUUGAUGAGAUUUCGUGGUAGAUGGCUUGUAUUGUAUCAUUGUGCUUUCUGAGGACUUGUCAUUGUAUUUGGGACUUGCAUUUGGGAAUUUCUAAUUGUUGUUUUACUGAAUGUUUGGGAUCGUU